AACUGUAAACCUCUGUUGAAGUCAUAUUACUAUACUUAGCUUGCCGUCAGCAUUGAACCUACAUCGUUUCUAAUACAAUUUCGUUGGUGUUUAUAAAAUGUAUUCAACAAUUAGUAUAACUGUAUGCAUACUGACGUUAGUUUUGUUCAGCGUAAAUGCUGAUCUAACUUGCAAUCAGACUAUUAUAGAUAAUAUAUUAAAAUUGAAAUCUUGUCCUACAAAUAUUCUACAGAAGUUACAUACUAUGUCUCCCGUUACAACUGCUGUGCUGCAUGAGACCGAUGUCCAAGACUAUAUGAAAUGUUCAAAAAUCAUGAUUCAUGCCCCGGAAGACAAAAAGGCUAACGCGAACUUCACUGCCUACUUCAAAAAUGAAGCCACGCCUCCUCUGCAAGUAUCUUACCGCCAGGAAGAAGUUGGAUGCGGCCAUAUAAAUGACAUUUAUGACGAUGGACAGUACCAAGUGUAUUUCUUGAACGUGAAUAAAGCAGUGUGCAUCUACCGAUGCCCGAUCGCUCCUACAAAGGGUGUAGCAACUGCCAGAGCUUUAGUACCUGUGGCAAAUAACACA